AUGGAGCCUGAUGGAAGGGCUUCAACUUCUUCCUGCGAAAAAGAGCGUCUUGAAGAUGAGCCUGGGAACCAUCCUCGCGCUGGCACCCAACCCUCCACCAUCGAACAGCAGCGUCAGGAGUUCCUCGACCUGUACCGUUCAUCUAAUGUUGUCGUAGUGUCUGGAGAACCCGGUUGCGGCAAGUCGACACGAAUCCCCGAACUCGUUCUCUCGGAAGAGUCCAAUAGCGGCAAGCGGGUGGCCUCGGCCCAGCCAAACAAAACGGCAACAACUUUGCUCGCUGACCGGGUGGCGACUAAGCUCGAUUGCGAGGUUGGAAGUAGAGUUGGCUACACUAUUCUGGGAGACGACAGAACCACGGACGAGACACUCCUAGAGUUUACGACUACUGAGAAAUUGCUGUGGAAGCUUCAGAGUGAUGGCAUGCUAUCAAAAUACAGCUGUAUCAUCAUCGAUGAGGUCGAGCAAAGAACCAAAGCUACAGAUAUCCUGUUGAUGGCUCUCAAAGACCUGCUCCCCUUUCGCUCCGCUUUCAAGGUUGUGAUCAUCUGCAGCGCCUAUGAAACCAGUUCAUUACUCGCUUAUUUCGACGACUUUGCUGUCUCGACCAUGGCAAUUGCCAGCCACAACAAGCCAGCCAUCAUUCAAUACUGCCCGAAGCUGGAUGGCCGAGUGCUUACUGAUAUGGUGGAACUUGUCCUCGAGAUCGAAAAGGUCGAACAUGAGAUGCAUCUGGCUUUGACACCUACCGCACUUGGUCACAUUCUUGUUGUCCUCGCAACCGCCAACGAUGUCAAACUAUUCUGCUCCCAAUUUGAGGGCCGGGAAACCGCCCUAGAAGUCGUCCCUUUUCACGAAGAUCUCGAUAUCGACGAGCAGCGGAAAGUUUUCAUUCCAUCCCCUCGGCAAAAGUGCAUCAUCAGCACAGAACUGAUUGAGAACAGUUUUUAUGUUGAUGGAGUUACCUAUGUUGUUGACUCUGGGCUUUUUGAAUUGAAAUCCUUUGAUCCUAAUGCUCGAAUGGAAAUGACAUCCAUCGAAACCGUCUUCAAAAAGAAUGCUGACCGACGGGCCGCUCGAGCGCCAUCUGGAGUGUGUUUCCGCCUCUACAGCGAGGCAGCCUAUGAUGGCUUGAAACUGCAGAGAUCGCCUGAGUUGCUCCGCAUGAGCGUGGCUUCGGAAAUCCUCCUGUUGAAAACACUCGACUACCGCAGCAUGAACGAUCUGCAGCUGCUUGAUCCGCCUGGUCCAGAAAUCGUCGCAGCAGGAUUUUGCGAGUUGGAGACUCUUGGCUUGCUCGACGACGAUCAGUUCGUGACUGAAGACGGCACAACGGCCUACCGUUCCAUGACAUCCGACAGUCCCAUCUCUCCCGUCUGGUUCAAAGCAGUUAUCGAAGGCUUUCGCUAUGGCGUGCAAUAUGAAAUCCUUUGUCUUGCCGCAAUUUUUAAUUCUCCCCGACCUAUCUUUGUUCCCACUGCCGAGGGACAUGCGCGGUCUAACCCUGCUCUGGGUAGAUUCGUAUCACACCAGUCUGAUCAUCUGGGAUACAUGCACGCAUUAUAUGCUUACGAAAGGGUGAUCGAUGAAGAACCUGACCUUGUCGAAUUCUUUUGCUCAGAGUCCUCCCUCGAUAGGACAGCUCUGGAGGCUGUUCUCGGGUUUCGUGGUCAGCUUCUCGAUUUCUUCAGCAACCUUCUAAUGGGGGCUGUAAGUCGACCCAAUGGUCGUGAAGAAACUCGCUGUGGCAUUGUGAAGAAAGUCCUGGCCAAGAGCUUCUCCCAUCACGCCGCGUUUCUGGACGAUGCAAUUCAUGGACGCUAUAAAAUCCGCAGCGGCGGAUAUAUUUCUACAAUCAAAGAGACCAGCUGCUUGGCCGAAUUUAGACCAAAGCAUGUCAUUUUCGACAAACUUACUUCCGCUGGUAGCAACUUGAAGAUGGAAGUUGUGACGAAGAUUCAGCCGGAAUGGCUUCCUGUAGGUCCCUUUUUGUCAUUCUCCAACUGGAAUCGAGGUUCGAUAGCUGACUCUUACGCCUAA